AUGCAUUGGGAUGAAGCUUUUCUUGCCUCACUCUUUGCUUUAGCUGCAGAGCAACCAGUAAUCAAGUUAAUUCGUGAUAAAGUCACGGGAUAUCCAGCAGGUUAUGGAUUUCUUGAGUUUCCAACGCAACGAGGGGCACAACAAGUACUAGAAACAUACAAUGGUCAACUUAUUCCGAAUACGAUGCAUCGGUUUCGAAUGAAUUGGGGCGCUGGUGGCCGUCGCAUUGAAACAUCAGACGAUCACUCGAUUUUUGUUGGAGAUUUGGCUCCUGAUGUGUCGGAUGAGAUGCUACUGAGUACAUUUACUGCUCGCUUUACCAGUGUAAGAGGUGCAAAAGUGGUGAUGGAUCCAGUAACACGCAUGUCCAAGGGGUUUGGAUUUGUUCGUUUUGGCAGCAAGGAAGAAGCAGAUCAGGCUUUACAGACCAUGAAUGGUGUAUAUUGCUCUUCACGUCCCAUGCGUGUUAGUGUAGCUACGGAGAGAAACAAAGCUCGACAGCAGGUUGGUUUCAGCAUGGGGGACGAGGAGGCAGCCAAUACGACAGUAUUUGUUGGUGGAUUAGACCCUUCAACAACAGAGGAAGAGCUGCGAGCUCGGUUUGGCGUUUUGGGUGAAAUUGUGUCAGUGAAGGUACCACCUGGACGUGGUUGCGGAUUUGUGCAGUAUACGACCAAGGAGGCAGCGGAAGCUGCCAUUUCACAAAUGAAUGGUACGGUUGUCUGUGGUGUCAAGGUGAGGUGUGCGUGGGGUCGAUCGGCGGCUGCACGUGUUACGAAUUACAACAGCUACUACCCCCAGCAGUACGGUCAGUACCAGACCGGGUACCAGAACUAUUAUGCCUACAAUGCCGCGUAUGGCUACCCGCAGUACCAGCAAGGUGCUGCUGGCUACGGAUACGGUGCCUACGGACAAUACACGCAACAGGCGAACCAGCCUCAGGGCGAAUUUCAACAGCAGCUACAACAGCAGCUACAACAGCAGCCGAUUGGAAACCAACAGGGGCACCACGGCAAUUACUCUAAUCAGCAGCGACAGACGCACGACCAGCCGCUCGAUUUCACCCGGCCUGACGACAUUGAAGCUAUGAAUCGCCGCUACGCCUCCCAACGUGCGUACCAGAAUAUUCCUCCAGCUUCUAAUGCAUCGUACACUCCGAUGACGGCGGACGUUGCAAGUGGCACUGCUAUGGCAGGGUCGAUCAUGGCAGAUGAAACAAGAGGCGGCAAGCUGGAAAAAACGAGGGCAGUGCAAGGCGUGGAAGGAGCGGUUAGUACAGAGUGCGGAGAACGGAAAGAGCAGCGAGAAAUGACAUAUGCUGGUACCGUUGGGGCGAGCGUGAAAUGCUCACAGAAACUUGGAUGGUGA